AUUUACCCACGGGAUCCCGACUUAUAAAUAAAAAUAUAAAGUGGGAAAAUCCUGAAAAGUUUCCAGGUAUUUUCUCCCAAAGCUCCGACCUUGCUGUGUAUUUAUUUGGCUUCAAGGUUUCAAACAGAGCGAAGAAAAUCUCUGUCGCUCUGGUUUGAGACCAAUCCAUCGAUCAUCAUGAACAUAUUUACCAAGAAACCCACAGCCAAAGAGGCUCUUCGGGAGAGUAAAAGAGAGAUGACGAUUGCUACCAGAGGUAUAGAGAAGGAAAUUGGAGCCUUGCAAUUAGAAGAAAAAAAGCUUGUUGCUGAGAUUAAGAGAACUGCUAAGACGGGGAAUGAGGCAGCAACUAAAAUUCUUGCCCGGCAACUUGUCAGACUUAGGCAACAGAUAGCUAAUUUACAAGGAAGUCGAGCUCAAAUGAGGGGCAUUGCGACUCAUACACAGGCAAUGCAUGCUCAAUCUUCAGUUGCUGUUGGCAUGAAAAGUGCUGGUAAAGCAAUGACAUCCAUGAAUAAGCAAAUGGCCCCUGCAAAGCAAGCGAAGAUCAUAAGCAAUUUUCAGAAACAGUCUGCACAAAUGGACAUGACUACUGAAAUGAUGUCUGACGCAAUUGAUGAUGCCUUGGAUAAUGAUGAGGCUGAAGAUGAGACUGACGAGCUGACAAAUCAGGUGCUCGACGAAAUUGGUGUUGAUGUUGCCUCACAGUUGUCAGCGGCUCCAAAAGGAAGGAUUGCACAAAAGAGAUCCGAGGAUGUUAGCAGUUCCGGCAUUGAUGAGCUUGAGAAGCGUUUGGCAGCUCUUCGAAAUCCAUGAGCAUAGAUUGGAAGGAGCAUUGUUUUUUUGGUUUUUCCAACUUGUAAAUAAUUUGUUUGUUACAUGCGCAUAUGUAGCUUAAUGAGAUAAUACCAUACCUUUUGGAUUACUUAUAUUUAUUUUAUAAGUGUUUAAUUUGUUGUUUAUUCCAAUUAAAAUAAGAAAUUUUAUA